AUGGCGUUGCUGGAGCAGCAUCUCGAGUCCCAUGCCAGUCCCGUAUCCCAGUCUAGUCCCAAGAUGCCUGACAUCAGCGCAGGAAUGAGCAGCUAUAGCUGUGAACUUUGUGGGGAGGUCUUCCUCGAUCCAGGUCUCUUAGCAAAUCAUCAUCGGAGGCAGCAUAUGGGUCAGUCAACAUCAGUAGUCAUCACGGAUGAGGAUUCUCAAGGUAUGUCCGAAUGUGGAGCAGACCAUGACGAAGGUGGAUCAACGUCUGGAACUCCCAACAAACCCCUCCCCUUCCUUUGCCAGCACUGUGUCCGGUCAUUCCGGUCAUGGAGGAGUCUGAAAUACCAUCUCCUCACCUGUCACGGACUUCAACAUUCGUGUGACGUCUGCAUGGAUGCCUUCCCGACCAUGCUCUCGCUUCAGCAGCAUGAACUGAGUCACAAUGACAAUACAACCAAGCCUGUCUACAGAUGCACCAUCUGCAACAAGAUGUUCGGCUCACUCACACACUGCACGUCGCACAAGCGAGUCCACACAACAUCGAAGCCCCACGUCUGUGAUACCUGUGGCAGCUCGUUCUUCAAGCGAGGCGACCUCACCAAGCAUGUCCGCACAGUGCAUUGCCCCAACAAGCAUUUUGUGUGCAAGGUCUGUGGUCGUACUGGCACAAGGGCAGACAACAUGCGAGUACACGUCAAGAUACAUCAGAAGUUCAUGACCCGUGAUCAGAUUGACCUCCUCAUCGAUGAGGUGUACAAAACUUAA